UUUGAUUUAAAAUUGGGCUUUAUAAGUUUUGCUUAAUAAAUUAUUAUUAUGUUAUGUAUGUUGAAUCAGCUUAAGCCAUAUUAUUUUUAUCGUUAUCCUAUUUAUGUUACUAGAAGGUUAUACUGUGGGAAUAAGCUUAGAGAAGACGUCAAGCGAACUACCACAAAUAAAAUGUUUAAAUCAGCGGUGCACAAUCUCGAAGAAUUAUCGAAGGACCAAAUACAAGAGUUCUUAAAUUCUUUUGAUACAGUCUUGUCAGAUUGUGAUGGAGUACUAUGGAUUAAUAAUAAUGCUAUACCUGGAUCAGCUGAUGUUAUGAAUUAUUUCAGAAAAUUGGGAAAACGAGUAUUCUAUGUUACCAAUAAUUCAACAAAAGUUCGAGCUGACUUUGCUCUCAAAGCGCAAGAAUUAGGCUUCAUUGCUGAGCCGGAAGAAAUUUUGUCAACAGCUUACUUAGUGGCUCAUUAUUUGAAGGGUAUUGGCUUUAAGAAAAAAGUGUAUCUAAUUGGUUCCAAUGGCGUUGGUGAUGAAUUAAAGGCUGUGGGCAUUAGGCAUAUAGGAAUUGGGCCAGACCAAGUAAAGGCAGAUUUCAAGUCCAUGACACAGUCAGACUUAGAUCCAGAGGUUGGUGCAGUAGUGGUAGGAUUUGAUGAGCAUGUGAGCUAUCCUAAAUUUAUGAAGGCUGCAUCAUAUCUAGCUAAUGAUGAAUGCCUCUUCGUAGCUACAAAUACUGAUGAACGGUUUCCCAAAUCAUCUACUAUAAUUGUUCCUGGCACUGGCACUUUAGUAAGAGCAGUUGAAACAUGCUCAGAAAGAAAAGCUCUGGUUUUAGGCAAACCCAAUGACUAUGUAAGAAAGUUCCUGGAGUCAUUUGGGCUUGAUCCAGCAAGGACGUUGAUGAUUGGUGAUAGGUGUAAUACAGAUAUUGAAUUUGGUGUUCGCUGUGGUUUCCAGACACUACUAGUUUUGACUGGUGUCACUUCUACAAAAGACCUAGAGAAGAUUCGAAGUGAGCAAAAAGAGCCUCUCCCAGAUGUAGUUUUGCCCAAGCUAGGAAAUUUGCUUAAUUUAGUAUCAUAAAAGUGACUUUAGCAUUAUUAGGUCAAUUGUACAAGGUGUGAUAUUUAUUUUAUAGUUAAGCUAAAUGCAAUUACAUAGUUGAAAAUAUACUGUUAGAAGAGGAAUACAAGCUUUGAAGCAGUGUUUUAUAUUAUUUUUAUAAAAUAGUUUUAUCUUUUCUUUGUUGAAAGUUUAUAAAAUAUAUAGUAUAUAGAA